AUGCCGAGUUGGAAUUUGCCAUCCAGCCCAAYACAACAGGCAAGCAGCUCUUUGAUCAGUGUUUUAGAACAGCACAAACUGACAAAAGAACAGUGGGAAGAAAGAAUACAGAACUGGCAUGAAGAACACAGAGGGAUGUUAAGGGAAGAUUCUAUGAUGGAAUACCUUAAGAUUGCACAAGAUUUGGAGAUGUAUGGAGUCAACUAUUUUGAAAUAAAGAAUAAAAAGGGAACUGAAUUGUGGCUCGGAGUUGAUGCUUUGGGUCUGAAUAUUUAUGAGCACGAUGAUAAGCUGACACCCAAGAUUGGUUUUCCAUGGAGUGAAAUAAGAAACAUCUCUUUUAACGACAAAAAAUUUGUCAUAAAGCCAAUUGACAAAAAAGCCCCUGAUUUUGUUUUUUAUGCACCCCGUCUGAGAAUUAAUAAGCGAAUUUUGGCACUGUGCAUGGGAAAUCAUGAAUUGUACAUGAGGAGGAGAAAACCUGAUACAAUUGAAGUGCAACAGAUGAAGGCCCAGGCUAGAGAGGAGAAACAUCAGAAACAAUUGGAAAGGGCACAAUUAGAAAAUGAGAAGAAAAAAAGGGAAAUAGCAGAAAAGGAAAAGGAAAGAAUAGAGCGUGAAAAGGAAGAAUUAAUGGAACGCUUAAGGCAAAUAGAAGAACAAACAAUGAAAGCCCAGAAAGAGCUGGAAGAACAGACUAGAAGAGCUCUGGAACUGGAUCAAGAAAGGAAGCGGGCAAAGGAGGAAGCGGAGCGCCUGGAAAGGGAGCGUCGAGCAGCUGAGGAAGCUAAAGCUGCUCUAGCCAAGCAGGCAGCUGAUCAAAUGAAGAACCAGGAGCAACUAGCAGCGGAGCUUGCUGAAUUCACUGCCAAGAUUGCACUUCUAGAGGAGGCCAAGAAAAAGAAAGAAGAGGAAGCCUCAGAAUGGCAGCACAAAGCUUUUGCAGCACAGGAGGACUUGGAAAAGACCAAAGAAGAACUGAAAUCCGUGAUGUCUGCUCCUCCUCCACCUCCGCCCCCGCCAGUCAUUCCUCCGACGGAGAACGAACACGACGAGCACGAUGAGAACAACGCCGAGGCCAGCGCAGAACUGUCUUCUGAUGGUGUCAUGAACCACAGGAGCGAGGAGGAACGGGUAACGGAGACGCAGAAAAACGAGCGUGUUAAGAAACAGCUACAGGCAUUAAGUUCUGAGUUGGCUCAAGCCAGAGAUGAAACCAAGAAAACACAAAAUGAUGUCCUUCAUGCUGAGAAUGUUAAAGCAGGCCGUGAUAAGUACAAGACUCUGCGACAAAUCCGACAAGGCAAUACAAAACAACGUAUUGAUGAGUUUGAAGCAAUGUGAGAGCUGGUAUUUUGCAUAUAUGUUCCUCGUAAAGCUGAACCACCAACAGAGAAAAAAGCAGGCCUUUUGGCUGGAUGGAUUGCACCCCACUUUGCCAAAGCACUUACUGCUCAUUUGACUGCGAUGGUUGAAAGCAAAAUUUGGGGAGGCCUUUCAGCAGCAAGGCAGCCUGUCAUCCCUGCCUUUUGGGGGGAGGGGGAGGAGAAGGAUGGCAAUUUUUAUUUUUUUCCCCCUUAUUAUGUUUUCAUUUUCAUUGUUUCUUUUUGUUUUGUUUUCUUUCGACAACUGAUGUGARGUAUAUAAUGACUGACAAGUGUACGUGCUACUCGGUUAAGACACGGAARGAGUGGUGAGGCUGAACCUAAAACCAAUAGGUCCUGCUGUGGUGUGACGAGGUUGGAGCUCACGUUUCACCGUGCAGCCACCCCGUGCAGAACUGGACGUGACUGACUCCCAGUGSCCGCCUGUGUGUUUCCCUCGCGAGGUUUCUCCUCGCCCGUGGAGCGCCCUGGUGUUUGCUGCCCCGUCAUCAUUGAUGGUUUUCUUUGCCUGCCUGUUCACAAAGGCCGGAGGGCAGGGGGCYGUUCCCGGCGGAACGUUCCCUGCGGCAGCGCCCGCGUGGCCGCUGCUCCCGGAGCCGAGGGCUGCACGGGCACCGAGUGCCCCCAAGCAGCAGCCGGGUGCCGAGCUCUGGCUGCCCUUGGCUCCCGGUUGUUUUCUUUGCAGUGGGGAAACCCGGACCUUUCUGGCAAGGGAGCAUAUGAAAACAUCAGUCCCAGGGAGGGGACAGUAUCCUACCUCACUUCUAUGUACGUGAUGACUGGUCCUUCAAACACCAYGACAAAACUGUGUAAAUUGAUGGUGGCUGCACAGCGAUCCCACGGAGCCAGGCCUCCUUACUCCUCAUUCAUUUACAGUGCUAGGUACUGCUGAGCUGCGCUUUGGUUAAGCUGUAACAGCACCAUGUGGUUGUUAAAGCUGUGCC